AUGGAUCCGCUGAUCGAACCGGACGAUGCGUGGAAGGCCGAGGUUCGCGAGCGGGUACAGAAGGACCUCGACUCGCUCGCGCAGGAGGCCUUCCGCGACCGCGAAGUGGGGCUCAAGAACGCCGAGUCGGACAUCGAGCGCAAGCUCGUGCAGGAGGCGUUCGACGACAGCAUCGCGCAUCUGCGCUACAUCCGCGAGGAGCAGAUCGAGACCGAGAUCCAGAAGGAGCGCGAGAGGAUGCGCGUCGAGGGCGCGCACGCGCACGGCAGCCUGCAGAGCGCGAGCGGCACCCACCAUCGGCGGGGGAUCAGCUACUCGGAGCGGCACGGUGCUCAGAACUAUCAAAGCCGAUCAUCCGUCGACCACAAGAUCUGGACGCCAUCCAUCUCCCCCGAGCAAGACUACUUCUUGGAACAGCAGCGUCGCCUGGGCCGCCCACGCGCCAACUCUACCGCCUCACGCAGCAGCACGCCCUAUCAGCCGUUCGCGCGUUCCCUCCAGCCCAAUGGGCGCACCGUUUCCGCUUCCUCCACCGCCAAGGCCUCGUCCACGGGGCGCUCCGCCCCACCCCCGUCCGUAGGGCAGCCACGUGCACGUACAGCGUCCAUGUCGUCGUCUGCGGUGUCCUCGUCGGCAAACGCGAACCCCUCGUUCACUGUCAUCAACGAGGACGAGUACGAUGUGUUCGCGUUCGACGAGUUCGAUGGGGACUAUCCAGGACGGCCGUCUAGCAGAAGGCCGUCACACGUGAGGCCGGAUGCUGCUGAGGGCCGUUCUGGGGAGGGCACGGCGCCGAUGCGGAUACCCAUAGUGAGGCCAGAAGCCCGGUCAGCAUCGCACAUGGCAAGACGCGCCGCCACGGCGGAUAUCGUUUCGGGUAGCCCAACGGCGGUGUCGCUAGCGUCUACCGCUGCAUCCGCUAGUCAACCACGAUCCUCAUCAUACCUCUACGUGCGCACGAACACGCCGCACGCUCCCCGCUCCGACGACACGGGGCACGACACCGCCGACGCAGGCGGCUCGUCCGGCUCCGACCCCGACCACGCCGACCGCGUGACCGUCGAGUCCGAGGACCUCAGCGAGGAAGAGGGCGAGCUGAAGAACAUCCGCCGCCGCCUCGAGGUCGCGCGCAUGAAGGAGAGCGUCGCGCUCGGCGAGUUCCAGCGCGCGAUGGAGACGUACCACUCCGCGAAGCAGGCGCGCGAGGCGAUCGAGCGCGAGGUGCAGGGGCUGGAGGAGAAGCGGGUGAGCAAGAUGAAGAAGAUGUAUCGAGAGAUCUUGCGGAUGCCGGGGAAGGGGAAGGCGCGGUCGAGUAGUCGGACGCGACCUAUCGACAUACCAGAGAUACUGCUUGCUGUCCUCCAUGCUGCCGGCGAUCGUCCGGGGUUCUGGAAUGCGUGCACCACACCUUUACUAUGGGAGAUACUUCCCGACCAACUGCCGUUACUGAAGCUCAUCCCUGACGACGCGUGGUCUAUUGACGAUGGAAAUCCUCGUUCGGCGUACCUCUCAAGCUUGCUUCUGCUUUCGGCCGCAGAUAGACCAAAAUAUCGUAUCACCAGAACAUUGAAAGCAGAGGACUGGGAGCCCGUCAUGCGACUCUCGCGCCACGUCAAAGUCCUCCGCUUUGAUAGCCAGCUGCUCUCACCCUCCGUACUCCCCGUCAUCCUCACAUCGCCGCCAAACUCGCCCAUUCUGCCCCAAAUCGAGCGGUUGCAAUUGACCAUCUACACCGCGAUGGACAACAGGUUUCUAUUCUUUCUGUGCUCGCCAAUGAUCAGGGACCUACAGAUCUGCAUCCGAUGCGCCAAUGUCCCCAGCCUAGCUGAGAUAUCGCGCAUAUGUCCCCAGCUGACGCAUCUGCGCUUGGAACUGAUUCCAAUGUAUAUCGUGGACGUUCUCGUCGUCCUUCUGGGUCAAAGCUCACCACUCUCUCGUUUGCGGGUACUGGAUCCCGCGCGCGUACUGAGGCACCCGGAUAUAUGCCCGGCAUUCGCGAUGACACUGGUACAAUAUCUAGGCGACUCACCGUGCGAGAUAGACACGCUGGAUAUGCCGAUAACGCAGUUCACCUCUUACGACCAGAUGAAGAUACUCCUCGACGCAGUCACCGAGCAUUGCUCCCCGACAACGUUGACGCACCUGCGCAUACGAGCGAAUGGGCUCCCAGCCAAUCGCUUGAUGGACCAGCUAUCUAGCCCACUCUUAGCUCCCCUUGACUUCUUUCGUCCGCUCUCGCGGCACCGCAAUCUGCAGGAUGUCUCCCUCGGCGAGGUGGGUGGAGGCGUAAGCCUGACCGAGUCCGAAUAUGGCGAGCUCGCGCACUGGUGGCCCAAGCUUGUCCAUCUGCAGAUACCGAACAUGAUGGGAUCAUCGUGUACGCUGCAAAGCCUUUCCAUGUUCGCCAAACAUCUAAAACAGCUGCGGACACUCACACUGAAGCUGGAUGCGCGGUCGAUAGACUUGCCGGCCGACGAGGUGGCGGAGGCCAAAGUAGGGCCCCCUGUCCUCGAAAACUUGGACAUAAACGACGGACGCAUCGAGGCGGCUGACGAGGUGGCGGACAUUCUUGCUGCGAUAUUUCCUCUUCUGCGGCAAGUGGAAUAUCGGGCAGCUGAAGAGGAGGUGUUGCACGGUAGAUGGACCGCAAGGGACCGCGCGAGGGCUUGGUCUCGUGUAUCGAAGAAGCUGCGCUGGUACCAAAGCAUCAAAAACGGCCCCUGGGUCGAAUUUGAGGACUACGAUGGCGGGCUUUGA